AUGGCGGCGACAAACCACGUCAAGUUCCUCCGAGAUUACAUGCCCGAUCUUUCCGAAGAAGUACGACAAGUUAGCUUCACGGUAAUGAAGUACUUCUGGGACCAGUACAGUGUACCAACGUGGAAUGCGGCCGCAUUUAUUGCUCAUGAAGCUGUCUCGAUUACCCUCGAACUCUUCGGCCCAGAAAGCAUGUCGCCGGCUGUCUGCGAGGGUUAG